GUGAGCCGGCCUGGCUGUACACGUGCGCGCACCCGUGCCCGCCUUCCUAGCCACGUGACUCCCGGCUCCGCGCUUGCUCCACUACAGCCUUCCUAGUUCUUACUGCGAGAAUCCGGCGUUAUGGCUGCCGCCGUUCCCCGCGCCGCUUCUCUCUCCCAAUUGUUUCCCCUUCUCCUGUUCCUCCUGCUCCUCUCUGCUCCGCAAGGCGGCAGCGGCCUACACACCAAGGGCGCCCUUCCCCUGGAUACAAUCACUUUCUACAAGGUCAUUCCCAAAAGCAAGUUCGUCUUGGUGAAGUUUGACACCCAGUACCCCUACGGUGAGAAGCAGGAUGAGUUCAAGCAUCUGGCUGAAAACUCGGCUUCCAGCGAUGAUCUCUUGGUGGCAGAGGUGGGGAUCUCAGAUUAUGGUGACAAGCUGAAUAUGGAGCUGAGUGAGAAGUACAAGCUGGACAAGGAGAACUACCCAGUCUUCUACCUCUUCCGGGAUGGGGACUUUGAGAACCCAGUCCUAUAUAGUGGGGCAGUUAAGGUUGGAGCCAUCCAGCGCUGGCUAAAGGGACAUGGGGUUUACCUAGGUAUGCCUGGUUGCCUGCCUGCGUAUGACACCCUUGCUGGAGAGUUCAUCAGGGCCUCUGGUAUGGAGGCCCGCCAGGCCCUCUUGAAGCAGGGCCAGGACAACCUUGCAAGUGUGAAGGAGGCUGAGAAGAAGUGGGCCGAGCAAUACCUUAAGAUCAUGGGAAAGAUCUUAGACCAAGGUGAGGACUUCCCAGCCUCAGAGAUGACCCGGAUCACCAAGCUGAUUGAGAAGAACAAGAUGAGCGAUGGGAAGAAGGAAGAGCUCCAGAAGAGCCUAAACAUUUUGACUGCCUUCCAGAAGAAGGGGGCCGAGAAGCAGGAGCUAUGAAAAGGCACUCCAGGGUUUUCAAGGGUUUGGUGGGGUGGGGAGGGGUAAGCUACCUGCUGGCUGUGAGAUCUUCCUGGGAUAUAAGGGAGUGGUAGGAAAAGUGGCACUAAACCAGAAAUCUGUGAGUAUGCCCAGAUAUUGAUGCUGGUGUGACUAUGCUUGGAACAUCUCUGUAACCAGUCAGGUAUAGCUGGAACAUUUACUCAGAUGGCUUGUGAAAUUCCCCCUCAGAAGGAAUUGGUGCUAUAAAGAAGAGUGUACUGCCCAGGUUUUUGACAGAUAUAAUUCUGAUUCAAUUAAAGUUUCUGUGUUUUGGUUAAAUGGA